AUGUCUGUUGAUAAAAAUAAUAUUAAUAAUAAUAAUAAUAAUAAUAAUAAAACUACAAAUAUUAAUAAUAAUAAUUAUAUUAGCGAAAAUAAAAUAAAUGAUGAAGAAGAAAUUAUAAUACUUAAAAGCUCAACGAAGCUUUUUAAUAAUUUUAAUAAAAAUGUUCCAAAAGAAAUUUCAAAUUUAAUAAAUCCUAAUAGAUACUAUGAAUUUAUUAAAAAAAUAAAUAAACUAAUUCAUCCAAAAUAUAUUUUUAUUUUAAUAAUUUUAAUAUUCAUAACAACAAUUUUAAUUUUCCCAUUGGUUUUUUUUUUAGUUUUUAAAAAUCAUUCUCUAUAUUAUAUUAUACCAUUUGGAGCCAUCCCAGUAUUUAUUACAUGUUUUUUAAUUUUUUCAGGAUAUAGAAAUAAAAAUGAUGACCAAAUUGAAUUGGA